UCCAGAUUUUUUUGUCCCUGCACUUCCUUUUCUCUACUCUCACGCCCGCUUUUAUGCAUUUGCUGACACUCCGCCACCCGGCCCCUUCACUUUCCCGUCAGUGCUCGAAGCGCCACCGCUGCCCACCGAGCCGUCUCCACUGCCACUUCUCCGCCUGUCGCCGUUGGCCCGUCGCGAAGAAAAGGAGAGACAAGGGAGGGAGAAGAAGAGCUACAGAGUCGCAAGAGAUUAGGACAACUAUCACCAAUCAGCAGAAUGGAACGUACUGAGACACCUUGCAUAGUUCAAGCUCUACCAGCCUCCAAUAAGAAGGACAAGGAAUCACUUACAAAGCCAGUGACAGUUGAAGAUAAAGAAUCACCAUCAAAGCUAGAAAUCACCACCUAUAACAGUCCUCAGACACCAUCAAGUUCUCGCUUCACUCGUUCCCAGGCUGCUCCCGACUGGACCACACAUGAAAUGCUAGUUCUCGUUAGCGAGAUUGCUGCUGUGGAUGAGGACUGGGUUAAAGCUCUCUCUUUGUAUCAAAAAUGGAAGAUGAUAUCUGACAACUGCAUGGCUUUUGAUGUCAUCAGGUCUUCUAACCAGUGCAAGAGGAAGUGGGAGUCACUACUUGCUGAUUAUAGGAGGAUCAGGGACUGGGAAUCCAGACAUGGUGUGGGUUCCUAUUGGUGCUUAGAGGGUGAGAAGAGAAAACAAUUUGGGCUUCCAGCUUUCUUUGAUGAAGAGGUAUUUGAUUCGAUGGAUGCUGUUAUAAAGGCACAGGAGACUCAGUCAGGCUCAGGGGAUAGUGAUUCAGAAGGCCUUAUCGGUAAAGCUGAUGUUCAAAUGACUGAUGGUGAUGCUGAUUUAGGUCCUGAGGAGAAAGAACCCAUCGAGACUUUGACAAACACAGAUAAGGCACGAGAUAUGGCCAUGAAGCUGCAGGAUGAUGCUCAACAUAUACAUGCCAUACUGAAAGGAGAGCUAGAGGGUAGUGCUAGUCAGGUUCGUGCUCCUGUGGAUUUGACAAAACCCAAUGCUAUGGAGACUGAGUUCACUAGGCGACAGGCCAAUGAGCUGAUCAAAGCUUUUGGGAGCCUUGUAAGCACUCUCAAUCAGUUUACUGAGCUGAUCAAGGACGGUGAAUGUGAAGGAAUUAAACCCGUAACUUCAACAGCACAGUGAUGUAGUUCUUUUCAUAAAGUUUUGGCUAUUUGGGCUCCGAUCUUCAUAAAAGCCUUCUAACAGAAUGCAUGGGUGCAAUGGAUUGAUCACUAUCAUACUGGAUUCUGAUCUCUGUUUGGAGCACUAAAGUGGGGAUGACGAAACUUAUCAUAAGAGCAACUAAGGUAGAUAUUCUAUGCUUUUCCCGCUUGAAAGAUGUGACUCUUGAGAACCUUCAUAUUCCUGCUACCUUCAUCUGGUUUCUGUAGCCUAGUCUAUCAUCAAUGUCAAAAAAUGUGUAAGUAAUUGUGUGAGGGUGGGAAAUGAAAGAAAUGGCAGGAGCUGUCUGCAAUGAGGAGGCUGGUUAUCAGGCAAAUGGCCUAGCUGAGGGAGCCGCUGUAACAUCUUUUCAUCUUGGUUACUUUCUUUAUGAGGACCUACCCUCCACUGCCAUCGGGCCUUGGCCUUGUUAAAGUAAUUAGAAUCCUCUCUUGUACUUCUCUACCUUUCGUUAAUAGAUUUUUUAAAUAUUAAUGCAAGCUUUGCUGCUCGGAAAAGAACUUGCAUGGACAGACAAAACUUGUAAAGCUUUCAGAUUUUUUCUUGUUCUCUAUAAAGCAAGGGCGAGAAGCCAUUGAUUUUUUCACUGGCGUUAUCCUUCAUGGUUAAUAUCAGAAAACUGCUAGGUCUCAUGAUGGCGUAAAAGCGGUUCCUUAUCAUUUAUUCAAGCAAAUAUCCGAAAAAUAACAAAUUAAUGCAAUCACAUUUGCUGGGAGUAUGAAGUUAUGAAACUGCGCGUGAAUUUCAGCUCAUGUG